GUACACUCGUGUGAUAGAAUUAGAAUCUAAAGAUAUUGGGGGCACACAGAGACUCACUCCCCUGCUACCACUUAUCCAAAAACCAAGCCCUCUCCUUUCUUUGUUUGAAAAAAAUGAAAUGAACCAAAACAUGAAAAACCUAUAAACACUUUCCUUCAACACCCACAGUCCUAAAUACAAAUCAAACCCCAGCUACAAUGGCGAUGCAAUCUUCUCAUACAGUUCUAUCACUGAGAAGUUGCUCAUCCUUUAGAAAGUCAUCUUCUUUUAACAUCAUUGACUUCCGAAGAUGCUCGUCCAUUGAGCUUUCAUCUAUCUUCCAUUUUACAUAUUGCUAUAUUUCUCCUAGAAAAGCCUUUUGCACUCAGUCAAAGCGAAGGUCUCGUGGACCUGUAAUGGCCGCCAAGAAAGAAUCCAAAGGAACAAAGCAAGGAGAUGGAAAGUACAAGCAUACUGUCGACCUUCCUAAAACAACUUUUGGUAUGAGAGCAAAUUCUGCUGUAAGGGAACCAGAAAUCCAGAAAUUAUGGGAUGAAAAUCAAAUUUUUAAGAAAGUUGCUGAAAAAAAUAAUGGGGGAAGUUUUGUUCUUCAUGAUGGCCCUCCUUAUGCUAAUGGUGAUUUACACAUGGGACAUGCAUUAAACAAGAUUAUAAAGGAUAUUAUUAACCGGUAUAAGCUUCUACAAAACUAUAAUGUACAUUACAUUCCUGGUUGGGAUUGCCAUGGUUUACCAAUAGAGUUAAAAGUGUUGCAGUCAUUGGACCAAGAUGCUCGAAAGGGGUUAACACCAAUAAAGUUGAGAGCCAAAGCAGCUAAAUUUGCCAAAGCAACUGUAAAGUCACAAAUGGCAUCAUUCAAGAGAUUUGGAGUAUGGGCUGACUGGGAUCAUCCUUAUCUCACUCUUGAUCCAGAAUAUGAGGCUGCUCAGAUUGAAGUGUUUGGCCAGAUGGUUUUUAAAGGGUACAUAUAUCGUGGUAGAAAGCCAGUGCACUGGAGUCCUUCCUCCCGCACUGCUCUUGCAGAGGCUGAGUUAGAGUAUCCGGAAGGCCAUGUUUCAAAGAGCAUGUAUGCAAUUUUUAAAGUAUUAAAUACUCCAACAAAAAGUGGUUUACUUGAUGAAUUUCUUCCCAAAUUGUCCCUUGCAAUCUGGACCACCACUCCCUGGACUAUUCCUGCCAAUGCUGCUGUUGCAGUGAAUUCCAAGCUCCAGUAUGCAAUUGUUGAAUUACAGCCCCAUUCACCUGAGGUUGCUUCAUCUUCUGAAGACGGGAAGAGAAGGUUUGGUAGUGUUUUGAAAGCCCAACUGAUACCAUUUUUCAUUGUUGCACUGGACCUUGUGCCAACACUGGAAGCCAAAUGGGGCGUGAAGCUUGUUGUUAAAAAAACAGUUUUGGGUUCAGAUCUUGAAAAUUGCAGAUAUGCACACCCAAUAAGUGGGGAAGAAUGUCCCGUUGUCAUUGGAGGAGAUUAUAUCACAACAGAAUCAGGAACUGGGCUGGUCCACACAGCCCCAGGUCAUGGGCAGGAUGAUUAUUUAACUGGGUUAAAAUAUGGUCUACCUAUAGUAUCCCCAGUGGACGAUGAAGGAAAGUUCACUCAAGAAGCUGGGAUCUUUAGUGGGCUUGAUGUAUUAGGUGAUGGAAAUGCUGCUGUAAUUGAUCAUUUGGAUGAAGGUUCAUCAAUUAUCAUGGUGGAACCAUACAAGCACAAAUAUCCUUAUGAUUGGAGAACCAAAAAACCAACCAUUUUUAGGGCAACAGCACAAUGGUUUGCGUCUGUUGAAGGAUUUAGAGAUGCUGCUAUGGAUGCGAUUAACCAAGUAACAUGGACCCCAUCACAGGCAGAAAACAGAAUUUCUACAAUGACUUCCAGCCGUUCAGAUUGGUGUAUAUCGCGUCAGAGGACAUGGGGUGUCCCAAUUCCAGUCUUUUAUCAUGCCAAGACAAAGGAACCUUUGUUGAAUGAAGAGACUGUUGAUCAUAUAAAAUCAAUUAUUUCCCAAAAGGGUAGCGAUGCAUGGUGGUACAUGUCUGUAGAAGAGUUGCUUCCAGAAAGUUAUCGUGAUAAAGCAUCUAAUUAUGUAAAGGGAACUGAUACCAUGGAUGUUUGGUUCGAUUCAGGCUCUUCUUGGGCUGCUGUUUUGGAAACUAGAAAUGGCCUAAGAUAUCCUGCAGAUUUGUAUGUUGAAGGUACCGAUCAGCAUCGGGGUUGGUUUCAAAGUUCUUUACUGACUAGUGUUGCAACAAAAGGAAGAGCUCCGUAUUAUGGGGUUAUAACCCAUGGAUUUGUUUUAGAUGAGAGGGGUUUUAAGAUGAGUAAAUCUUUGGGCAAUGUCGUUGAUCCACGUACUAUAAUUGAAGGGGGGAAGAAUCAAGAGGAAGCACCAUCUUAUGGUGCAGAUGUGCUUCGGCUCUGGGUCUCAAGUGUAGAUUAUACAGGAGACGUUCUUAUUGGUCCGCAAGUCCUCCGUCAAAUGUCUGACAUAUAUAGAAAGCUGAGAGGAACAUUACGGUUUCUAUUGGGAAAUCUUCAUGAUUGGAGAGCUGAAAAUGCUAUUGCAUAUGAGGAACUUCCUGAGAUUGAUCAGCAUGCUCUGUUUCAGCUUGAAAAUGUUGUGAAAAAUAUCAAAGAAAGCUACGAGAGCUAUCAGUUCUUCAAAAUUUUCCAGAUCAUUCAACGGUUUGCCAUUGUUGAUCUCUCAAAUUUCUAUUUUGAUGUUGCCAAAGAUCGCCUUUAUGUUGGGGGUGCUUCAAGUUUCACAAGAAUGAGUUGUCAAACAGUGCUUGCAGCUCAUCUACUCUCCAUAGCGAGAGUAAUUGCACCAAUACUACCUCAUUUGGCGGAGGAUGUGUGGCAAAAUCUCCCAUUCGAGUAUAAUAUUGACAACAAUGAGGUAGCCAAGUUUGUUUUUGAGUCAAAAUGGCCCACAGUAAAUGAAAGAUGGUUUGCCUUCCCUGAAGAAGAAAUUGAUUUAUGGGGGAAAAUACUUGAGCUGAGAACUGAGGUAAACAAAGCAUUGGAGACUGCUCGAACUGGCAAACUAAUUGGUUCUAGCCUGGAGGCAAAGGUGUACCUCCAUAGUUCUGAUGAUAACCUUGCUGUGAGAUUAAAGAAGAUGUGUGAAGCUAAAGUUGAUGCAGACUCACUGCACCGCAUAUUCAUAACAUCUCAGGUUGAGAUUCUUUCUGCCUUGGAGGACGCACCAAGCAAAGAUAUACCAUACUCUGGGGAAUAUUUAAUUCAAGGAGACAAGAAAAUAUGGGUUGGUGUAUCACGUGCCGAAGGUUCAAAGUGUGAAAGAUGCUGGAACUUCUCAACUCAAGUUGGCUCUUUUCUUGAUCAUCCGACACUUUGUAAACGUUGCUAUGAUGUUGUUGCUGGGCAGCCACUUCCUGCUCUUGCAGCUGUGAGUUGAAAUUGUAAUGAUGGUGAAGUAGAAAAUCAAAUCAAAGCAGAAAAUACUAUGAUUGCACGUGCUUCUGGCCGCAUUUUUCUGUCCAAACAACGGAUUGCAUUUUCAUGGUAAGGAAAUACAUUUGAUCUCAUUAGAGUUGAGCGAGCUCUAUCAGUUAAAAUUACAUAGUUCAAUUUUUUUUUUUUAACAUUUACAUAGUUCAACUAAAUCAUGAAACACAAUCUGGGAUGCAGAGUCUUUAAUGUUUCUGCAAUAGAAUUCUUAUUGUAUUUUCAUUAUUGAUGUCUUUUUACAACUUAUACCUCUCUUCUUUAUAAUGUGUUACAUUAUACGUCUUCAAUA